GAUACUUUUUGCUUCCUCGAAGAAGUUUUGAGACAGGAUACACGACCGAAAAUCACGCCAAAACAUCGUUUAAUAGUUGGCAAGUAUUCGCGCUGAUCCAGCAUGGCUGCUCAGACAGUGUAUCCGGUGGGAGUGGGUAUUUUCGUCUCUCCAGUGAGCAUUCCCGUGUCUGAGGACGGCCAUGGACUGACUGAUCUUCCUCGCACAGACCUGCCGGCACCUCAGCUGGUGAUGUUGGCCAACGUGGCUUUGACAUCAGAAAGCAGUGGCAAUGAUUAUGCUGCUGAGGAGAAGCAGAUGGUGGAACUGAAAACGGUCGCCUGCAACAGCUUCUCCGACAGCGAAGACGAGAGCGUAGUUCGCUACAGCUACGAUGGCCCUUCGGAAGUGUCUGGAACUCCGUACCUGGAGAGUUCCCAGGUCACAGAGGCAGAGGAGGAGAGGGGCGUCGAGCUUGGCGAAGAGGAAAGGGCACAGGAUCAGCCCAAGCCCUCAGAGGAGAGUCCAUCCAAUCCCACGCCGCUGGGAAAACGUAAACGGAACCAGGUCGUCGUCGUGGAGCCACCCAAGAAGAAGAAGAAACCCUUUCACUGUAAGCCCUGCAACUACCAAGCAGAGUGCGAAGAGGAGUUCGUGCACCACAUCCGUGUCCACAGCGCCAAGAAACUGAUCGUGGUGAAUAAAGCAGCUGAAUCUGAGGAGGAUCAAAGCAGUCACUCGGCACAGACAUCCCAGAAGGGAUCAGCAUCUGAAAGCGGGGAAGCUUUAGGUAACACCAAAGGGGUGAUUCGUUGCGAGCGCUGUGGUUACAACACCAACCGCUACGACCACUACAUGGCUCAUCUUAAACACCACAGUAAGGAGGGCGACGACCAGAGAGUGUACAAAUGCACCAUAUGCCCCUAUACUACAGUCAGCCAAUACCACUGGAAGAAACACCUGAGAAACCACUUUCCCAGCAAGCUCUUCACCUGCAACCAGUGUUGUUACUUCUCAGAUCGGAAAAACAACUACAUUCAGCAUAUUCGCACCCACACAGGUGAACGGCCUUUCCAGUGCCCAUAUUGUGAGUAUUCAAGUUCUCAGAAGACUCAUCUGACCAGACACAUGAGGACACAUUCAGGUGAGAGGCCUUUCAAAUGUGACAGCUGCAGCUACUUGGCAGCCAACCAGCACGAAGUGACACGCCAUGCCAGACAGGUCCACAAUGGGCCGAAGCCCCUAAGCUGCCCCUACUGCCAGUACAAGACAGCUGACCGCAGCAACUUUAAAAAGCAUGUUGAGCUCCACAUCAACCCACGCCAGUUCCUUUGUCCAGUGUGCAAGUACGCCGCGUCCAAGAAGUGCAACUUGCAGUACCACAUCAAAUCCAGACACCCGGACUGCUCCGAGAUCACUAUGGAUGUAUCAAAGGUGAAACUGCGUGUGAAGAAACCUGAAGCUGAUGACGGUGCUAACGCUGGAAAUGUUCGCCAGACGCUGGACGGGAUCCAAGAGGUCGUGGAAGCAGAUGAACAGCAAGAAAACACAGAUGGCUUCCAGGGCCCGAUAAAUCUCUCUAUCAAGAAAAGCAGUAACUCUAGUUCUACUUUGCCUGUGGAAUCAGAGGUAAAGGACAAGAGUCAGAAGAAAAGCGUGGAGCUUUCGGACAAAGAGAAACUUGGAAAGAAAAAGGCACAGGUUACUGAGAAAAAAGCCGAGAAAAAAGCUGUGCAGAAAAUGGAAAAGAAAGAGAAGAAUAAUAAGAAUGCCAAAGGCGGAACAGUAGUGAGGGGAGAUUACUGUGAGAAACAAACUCCAUGCGGGAAUGAGAAGCAAGAAAAUAAAAAGGAAAAAGAAAUCAAGAAAGGGAAGAAAUCCCCUAAACCGUCGGAGAGGGUUGUCAAAGACCGCCCCAAGAGAGAGAGGGCAGUGAAAGAGUAUAAAGAAAAAGAGAUUGUAACGGCAGAUCGGAAUGCUGGUGUGGAAGGCAAGUCGGAGACAGAGAGACAAGAGAAAGAGAGGGUUGAUAAAAAGCUGCAAGAAAAUGAAGAGAGACAGAAACAGGAAAGCGAGGGGUCGGAAAAGGAGAAUGCAGAGCGGCCUGAACAGACGAGUGAAGAGGCAGUAGGGGAGAGCCAGAGGCUGCCCAAGAAGACUCCAUCAAAGAGACCAUCCAAGAAGUCAGUGAAAGAGGCUAAAGCUGACACAGUCAAAGAAACACAGAGUCGGGAAGAAAUUCAGGAGCCCAAGACAAAGGUGGCGAAGAGAAAAAUGGACCCCUUGGACAAAUCAGAGAUGGAGUCCUCUGAGCAAAAGUCAGUUAAGGUGAAACGUAAGAAAGACAACGAGGACAAGUCACCUGUGAGUACUGAAGUUUCAGAAAGCAACGGUAAUACACUAGAACGCCGCAAGACCUCAAAGAACAAAGGCAAACAGAGCAGGAAGAGUCAGAGCAAAGCAGAGACAAGCCUGGCAGAAUCUGAGCUCUCCCGUGUGAAUGCUGAGAGUAGCCGAGACAAAGGAACACAUGACACCCCACAAACUGAAGUGUGUCCCAGCUCCCAACCCCAGGAGGCUCCUGAACAGCCAAAGCAGCCAGAGCCUGCCCUGGUGUCCAGCCCACCAGAGUCUGAUUCCACUGAGAAUGCCGCCAAGGGAGAAGAGCCCAAGGAUGGGGAAACUGCUUCCAGCCUAUUGGAGGAGCCCCCAGCUGAAGAGAAAACCACUGAAAACAAGCAGAACGAGGUCGCUUCUGUACCAAAAGACUCCUCGGAGACCGACAGCGGAAACGAAGAGAUACCCUCCCCGACAGACAGCGAGACCUCCCCGGGUUUCAGCCAGGAACCAGAAGGGGAGAGCCCCACGCUGGAGCUCCCACAACCGUGUCACAAGCCCGCGGACACAGAGGAGGACGAGGGCAUCCACAGCCACGAUGGAGGCAGUGACAUCAGCGACAGCGCCUCCGAGGGGAGCGAUGACUCGGGCCUCAAUGGAUUGGCAGCUGCCGCAGAAGGCGGCGAGAAACUCGCCGACCCAGAAACCCCAACAGAGGACCUUCCGUCUCCCACCAAACUCCAGAGUCACACAUGUAUCUUCUGUGACCGCACGUUCCCCUUAGAGGCCGACUACCGUCGACACCUGAACCGCCACUUGGUCAAUGUGUAUUACUUGGAAAGUGCUGUUCAUGGUGAAAAAUGAGGGAGAUGUUUUCCGU